CAUCACAAAUUCAUUGUUGCGUCGCUGCAAGCUUAUUUGCAGAAUGUAUAAUAUUCUAUGUAUCUUACACAUACUCGCAAGCAUGAACGUCUUACUCGUCGUUAACCAACUUCGAGACCCGAGUCGCUGAUAUAUUUUAUGCCUGAUCAAGCAUUGCAUCUGUUUUCAAUGUCCUUCAUAUACUAGGCAAAGCGAUAUGCGGACACGUUGCUUACCAUGGCGCGAGCAACCGGGCACGCGAAUGCGCUGGGGUGGACGCCGCUGUCCUCCGCGAGAUUUUCCAGCGAGCCGAUGCAUGCCGAUGUCGCCCACGGUGGACGCCUGCAGCAGCACGACAGCACCGCGCCCGCGGCCGCGCCCUUGCUGGUGUUGCGGCGCGCCUCAGCCAGCUUCUUCUUGCUGAUUUCCCGUUGGGGCGUCCAUCGGGAAUGUGUGGAGUAUGGUGUUGUGCUCAUUGCUGGCAUGCUUUCCAGAUGUGGGCGAGUAAGAAGGGGGCAGUCAUCUUUUGUCCGGCGGGUGGCUGGGGCUGCGACGUACGGCGCCCCUGUGCAUGACGAGGGUGCAUUGUAACAGAAACCUGCGGAUGCGUGCACCGCAGCACUUGUUAUUCGGUCCGUGGUUCUCACGCAUGCACCAAGCCAGCCAGCCAGGGUUGGCUAAUUGGCUUGCCCCUUCCCCCGAAGGGGGAGGGACGGCAGGGGGACGGAAGCCAUUGCGGUCGCAUCGAGUCCCCAGGCGGGGCCCCCCCCCCGGUUAUGACAGGUUUACCUUGAGUUACUUCGGAAACCCGAACGCAGCCAGAGUUCUUGUGCAAAUAAUACGCCUUUCAAUUUGUCCCAAGCGAUGCAUAACUGUGCGGAAACGCGAGGACGACGUUACUAGAGGUGAAGGGAUUGGAGCAGGGGAGAACGCUUGUGUUCACCGGCGCCUCCCCGCACAGUCCGGGCAUCCCUCCCCCCGCACCCCCAUCCCACCCCGUUCGCACAACUACGCGCUGAAAUGGACGUUUGGAAUGAGCCCAUAGCCGAUAGCUCGGCUCAAGGGUUAAGUUCCCGUCAUACUUGGCCUUGCAAUGGUGCGCAAUGGGACAGAGGGGAGGGGGCAAGCCGGGGUACUGCGUAGCGGUAGGUGUUUCCCCUGCAUGCAGCCCAUUUGUAUUUUGUAGCUGUGCCCCAACGGGCUGGCGGUCCAUGGCGGGGUGCAAUGACAUCGUUUCAGCCUUUCAGGUGCUCAUGGCGCUGAAGGGGCGCUGAAGGGGAGCAGCGCCCACCGCACAUGAGUCAGCACACGGGGUGCGGCGGCAUCCUUC